GCACCACACGGACAGUGAGUGCCCGGAUGUCGGUGUCGCCGUCGGUGACAGAUGGCGCAAUGUCUGUAUCUAUGACAGGGCUUUCUGCUCUGACCUCUUUGAGUCUUCCGCUUUUCGUCCUCCCCCUCCCACUUGCUGUCCCAUUACUUUUUAAGUCCGCCACUGGAGGCCCGCAUGCCAGUCACCGGCUCUUACAUAACGUGACCUUUCACCUUUUCAGACUGCCCUCUAGUGCGCUGCAACUAAACUUUGUGGCUGGGGCCCAGGGGGCGGGACUCGACCGCGGAGCGGCAGUCUCUCUGAGCCAAUAGGCUACGAAUGCCGACCAGUCCUCCGCCUAUCGGAGCAUCCGCCCCAGGGCGCCACGGAGAAGCAAGUUAGUCUGUGCGCUGGCCCGGCAGCGGGGGGGAGGAAGGGAAUCUCCCGCCAUUUUUCAAUAAUUUCCUCCCGUGCCCGCUGGAGAGGAGUCGUGACUAGCGGCCGCCGCAGCGGAGAUCAGCGUAAGGUGAAAGCUGCCGGAAGGAGCGAGCAGAAUCUCUCCAGUUUUUCCCCUCGAGGCGUUCCCCUUGCUUCCAUGGCCGUGGCGCGGUCCCGCCAGCUCUGAGGGAAGCCGGAGUUCGCGCCGCCCUCUCACCCCUCCCCUCCCCCAUCGCCCCGGGAGCCAGGCGCUUCGCUAGCUCGUUCGCCCGGGGCUGCCGGGGCCUAGCGCUGCGCAGCGGAGCGGUCGAGCCUUCGGCGCUCCGUCCCUGCCGGCGCUGCCGCGAUGGCGCCGCUGCUGGGCCGCAAGCCCUUUCCUCUGGUGAAACCGCUGCCCGGAGAGGAGCCGCUCUUUACCAUCCCGCACACUCAAGAGGCCUUCCGCACCCGGGAAGAGUAUGAAGCCCGCUUGGAACGAUACAGCGAGCGCAUUUGGACCUGUAAGAGCACAGGAAGCAGUCAGCUAACACACAAGGAGGCCUGGGAGGAAGAACAGGAAGUUGCUGAACUUUUGAAGGAAGAGUUCCCUAACUGGUAUGAGAAGCUUGUUCUGGAAAUGGUUCACCAUAACACAGCCUCCUUAGAGAAGCUUGUAGAUUCCGCCUGGUUAGAAAUCAUGACCAAAUAUGCUGUGGGAGAAGAGUGUGACUUUGAGGUAGGAAAGGAGAAAAUGCUCAAAGUGAAGAUUGUGAAGAUUCAUCCUUUGGAGAAAGUUGAUGAAGAGGCUGCUGAGAAGAAAUCUGACGGGACCUGUGAUUCUCCAUCAAGUGACAAGGAGAAUUCCAGUCAAAUGGCUCAGGACCACCAGAAGAAGGAGACAGUAGUCAAAGAGGACGAAGGCAGGAGAGAGAGUAUUAAUGACAGAGCACGUAGGUCUCCGCGAAAACUUCCUACUUCGUUAAAAAAAGGAGAAAGGAAAUGGGCUCCUCCAAAAUUUCUGCCUCACAAAUACGAUGUGAAGCUACAGAGUGAGGAUAAGAUCAUCAGCAAUGUGCCUGCAGACAGCUUGGUUCGGACAGAGCGACCCCCAAAUAAGGAGAUACUCCGAUACUUCAUCCGGCAUAACGCCUUACGCGCUGGUACUGGGGAGAAUGCGCCUUGGGUGGUAGAAGAUGAACUGGUGAAGAAGUAUUCCCUGCCCAGCAAGUUCAGUGACUUUUUACUUGACCCAUAUAAGUAUAUGACUCUCAAUCCCUCUACCAAGAGGAAGAAUACUGGAUCUCCAGACAGGAAGCCCUCAAAGAAACCUAAGAGAGACAAUUCUUCUCUGAGUUCCCCACUAAACCCUAAGCUGUGGUGUCAUGUGCACUUGGAGAAGUCGUUAAAUGGCCCGCCACUCAAAGUAAAGAACUCAAAGAAUUCCAAGUCUCCAGAAGAACAUUUGGAAGAGGUGAUGAAAAUUAUGUCCCCCAACAAGCUACACAGCUUCCACAUUCCUAAGAAAGGCCCGUCCACCAAGAAGCCGGGGAAGCACAGCGACAAACCUCUGAAGGCCAAGGGCAGGGGCAAAGGCAUCCUGAACGGACAGAAGUCCACAGGCAACUCCAAGUCGCCCAGCAAGUGUGUGAAGACGCCUAAGACCAAAAUGAAGCAGAUGACUUUGUUGGAUAUGGCCAAAGGGACUCAGAAGAUGACUCGCACCCCGCGGAGUUCUGGGGGUGUGCCAAGGUCUUCUGGCAAACCCCAUAAACACUUGCCACCUGCAGCCCUGCAUCUGAUCGCCUAUUACAAAGAAAAUAAAGACAAAGAGGACAAGAAGAGCGCCCUGUCCUGUGUAAUCUCCAAAACAGCACGGCUUCUCUCCAGUGAAGACAGAGCCCGUCUUCCAGAGGAGCUCCGGGCUCUUGUCCAGAAACGCUAUGAGCUCCUGGAACAUAAAAAGAGGUGGGCCUCUAUGUCUGAAGAGCAACGGAAAGAAUAUUUGAAAAAGAAACGACAGGAGCUAAAGGAGAGGUUGCGGGAAAAAGCCAAAGAACGGAGAGAGAAAGAAAUGCUGGAGAGGUUAGAAAAGCAGAAGCGAUAUGAGGACCAGGAGUUAGGUGGCAGAAACCUCCCGACAUUCAGGCUGGUAGAUACCCCUGAGGGGCUGCCCAACACCCUUUUUGGGGAUGUGGCCCUGGUAGUGGAGUUCCUGAGCUGUUACUCCGGGUUGCUCUUGCCUGAUGCUCAGUACCCUAUCACUGCUGUGUCCCUAAUGGAAGCCCUGAGUGCAGAUAAAGGUGGUUUUCUGUACUUGAACAGAGUGCUGGUCAUCCUGCUACAGACCUUACUGCAGGAUGAAAUUGCAGAAGACUAUGGAGAACUGGGCAUGAAGCUGUCGGAAAUCCCCCUCACCCUGCACUCUGUCUCAGAGCUGGUCCGGCUCUGCUUGCGCAGGUGUGACGUCCAGGAAGACAGCGAGGGCUCAGACACAGAUGACAAUAAAGAUUCAACACCAUUUGAGGACAACGAGGUACAGGACGAGUUCCUAGAGAAGUUGGAGACAUCCGAAUUCUUUGAGCUGACCUCAGAGGAGAAGCUACGGAUAUUGACAGCUCUGUGCCACCGGAUCCUCAUGACGUACUCUGUGCAAGACCACAUGGAGACCAGACAGCAGAUGUCUGCAGAGUUGUGGAAGGAGCGGCUUGCCGUGCUGAAGGAGGAGAAUGAUAAGAAGAGAGCAGAGAAACAAAAGCGCAAGGAGAUGGAAGCCAGAAAUAAGGAAAAUGGCAAAGAGGAGAACGUGCUAGGCAAAGUGGACAGGAAGAAGGAAAUUGUGAAGAUUGAAAACCAAGUGGAAGUGGAAGCAGAUGACAUGAUUAGUGCUGUCAAGAGCAGAAGGCUGCUUAGCAUGCAAGCUAAGAGGAAGCGGGAAAUCCAGGAGAGAGAAACAAAAGUGAGAUUGGAACGGGAAGCUGAAGAGGAGCGAGUGCGGAAGCACAAGGCUGCGGCAGAGAAGGCUUUCCAGGAAGGGAUUGCCAAGGCGAAGCUCGUCCUGCGCAGGACACCAAUUGGGACAGACCGCAACCACAACCGAUACUGGCUCUUCUCAAAUGAGGUCCCAGGGUUAUUCAUUGAGAAGGGCUGGGUCCAUAACAGCAUUGACUACCGGUUUAAGAAUCACCGCAAAGACCACAACAAUCUACCUGAUGAUGAUUACUGUCCCCGCAGUAAGAAAGCAAACCUAGGCAAAAACGCAAGUGUGAAUGCACACCAUGGAUCAGCACUAGAAGCUGUGGAGACCACUGUGCCCAAGCAAGGACAGAACCUAUGGUUUCUGUGUGACAGUCAGAAGGAACUGGAUGAGUUGCUCAAUUGCCUUCAUCCUCAGGGAAUAAGGGAAAGUCAGCUUAAAGAGAGACUGGAGAAAAGGUACCAAGAAAUUACACACUCCAUUCAUCUGGCUCGGAAGCCAAAUUUGGGUCUAAAAUCUUGUGACGGCAACCAGGAGCUCUUAAACUUCCUGAGGAGUGAUCUCAUCGAAGUGGCGACGAGGCUGCAGAAAGGAGGACUUGGCUACAUGGAGGGAACAUCCGAGUUUGAAGCCCGGGUCAUCUCCUUAGAGAAACUGAAGGAUUUUGGUGAAUGCGUCAUCGCCCUUCAAGCCAGUGUCAUAAAGAAAUUUCUGCAAGGAUUCAUGGCUCCCAAACAGAAGAAACGGAAACUCCAAAGUGAAGACUUCACGAAGUCCGAGGAAGUAGAUGAAGAGAAGAAAAUGGUAGAGGAAGCAAAGGUUGCCUCUGCCCUGGAGAAAUGGAAAACCGCCAUCCGUGAGGCACAGACCUUCUCCAGAAUGCACGUCCUCCUUGGGAUGCUGGAUGCGUGUAUCAAGUGGGAUAUGUCUGCAGAAAACGCCAGAUGCAAGGUUUGCCGGAAGAAAGGUGAGGAUGACAAGCUGAUCCUGUGUGACGAGUGUAAUAAAGCCUUCCACCUGUUCUGUCUGAGGCCGGCCCUCUAUGAAGUACCAGAUGGCGAGUGGCAGUGUCCAGCUUGCCAGCCUCCUACUGCCAGGCGCAAUUCCCGUGGCAGGAAUUACACUGAAGAGUCUACCUCUGAGGACAGCGAAGGUGAUGAGAGUGGUGACGAGGAAGAGGAGGAGGAGGAAGAGGAAGAAGAGGAUUAUGAAGUGGCCGGCUUGCGGUUGAGACCCCGGAAGACCAUUCGAGGCAAGCAGAGUGUCAUCCCCGCAGCAAGGCCAGGCCGACCACCGGGUAAGAAGUCACAUGCUGCCAGACGGUCACGGCCAAAGGAUGACACGGAGGUCGAUGAGCUGGUACUUCAGACCAAGCGUAGCUCAAGGAGGCAGAGUCUGGAGCUACAAAAGUGUGAGGAAAUCCUUCACAAAUUAGUAAAGUACCGCUUCAGCUGGCCCUUCCGGGAGCCUGUGACCAGAGACGAGGCUGAGGACUACUAUGAUGUGAUCGACCACCCCAUGGACUUCCAGACCAUGCAGAACAAAUGCUCCUGCGGGAACUAUCGGUCUGUGCAGGAGUUCCUCACCGACGUGAAGCAAGUGUUUGCCAAUGCUGAGCUCUACAACUGCCGAGGCAGCCACGUGCUGAGUUGCAUGGAGAAGACAGAGCAGUGCCUGCUGGCCCUGCUGCAAAAACACCUCCCCGGCCACCCCUACGUCCGCAGGAAACGCAGGAAGUUUCCUGAUAGGCUUGCUGAUGAUGAAGGGGACAGUGAUUCAGAGUCUGUCGGACAGUCCAGGGGACGAAGACAGAAGAAGUAAAGAGGCAGGGUCCUAGUGAGGGAGCUGAGGAGGGGGGACAGGAGGAGACCUCCAAGGGGUGUGGGAGAGGCAGGGAAGCUGGGAGGAUUUAAAGGGGAAGUGACGGUAGGUAGCAUCCAGAAAGGCCUGUCACUCCAUGCUUGGGCUUUUCUGCAACUCCCAUGGGGCCUUUUUCAAGCAAAGCCAAGCUCUUGGGGAGAAUCGAGCUAACCUGAUGCGCCCUGCCCAGAGAGCUAGCGGCAGAUGUGGGCCCCACCUUGAGUUCUGAGGUGGGGGAAGCCUAGAUAUGGCUUCUCCUGUGAGCUCUGCCCUGCUCUCCUCCUCUUCCUCCUCCUCCUCCUCCCACCUCAUUACAGCAGUGCCAAGCCCCCGGUCUCAGAGAGGGUGUCGUACCCACAGUAGGAAGGAGCGUCAUCAGGCCACGCUGGGUGAGGUGUGGAUCUUUGGAAUUUAUAUUUAUACACAGUCCUAUUUCUUUACAUCCGCACUGUCUCUUCCUCCUCCUCCCUCUCAGGUGACAGUAUCAGCGAGUGCCAUACAGAAUUCUGUGUUCACCAGCAUCUUGGGACAGUGUGGGCUUUGAGUUGAUUGUGGCAGAGUAGAGGGACAUUUUCUGGAGCUGUCCCUGAGGACUGUCUACAUUGUGGCAGCCCUUCCUACCCUCACCCGACUCACCGCCUCGUAAGAAACCAAGCAAACUAAGGCACUUCCCAUAGACUGGAGUCCUGCUUCCAAUCAUGCUAUGACCUUGGCUUUGAUGGGUCUGGCCAGAGGGGUGUUGGAGCCCAGCCCACCCACAAACCAGACAAGCCCUUAGGGAGCCGGAAAAGAGCAGGAAGAAGUUAAAAUGUUUAAUUUUUUAAAUUGACUUUUGUAGUUACUGAAGUUGCUUGUUUCCGCAGUGAUAUUGUAUAAAGAACAUCUUGUAAAAUAACUUGUCACCUUGCUUUGGCACAUGUACAGUACAGUUUCUAUGAUAUGUGUUCGCUUUACUACCCUCAAAGAGGCCAGCAGGCAGCAGGCUCUGGGGUUGGAGUCCUCUUUGCCUACCUGCGGGUGCCUGCUACUCCAGGGCCCACUCUGCAGACCUAGUGCUCCUUCCUGGAUGGUGAUUGCUGUCAACAUCUGGAGAGUGGGGAAGGCCAGCUCUGCCCUUCAUAGCCGGUCUAGCCUUGUGUUGUAUUUAGGCAAAAGUUUGUAGUCUGCGUUCCCUUUUAUGACAGAUUUUGAUAAAAGUACAGACAGGGUUUAAUUUUCUUUUCCAUCGAUUUUCAACUUGGAAAAUGUGAGUCCCUCAGCUCUUGUUUAAAGGAAAAGAAGUCUGCCAGGUCCAGGAGCCCGCCAUUCCACCGUUCCCAGGGCUGAGGGAAAGACAGCCUUGCUGCGUGCGGCUCUGGGUGUGGCCCCAUCCAGUGGCUGAGGAAGGCUUCCUUCUGUUUCUCGAAGGGGCUUGGCUGGGUUAGCACUAACACACCGUGAUCCUCUAACUGCUUCCUACCCUAGAUGUUGGUGUUUUAGCAGAAAGCUGGUGUUCCCACUGCAGUGACAUCUACCUGCGUGGUGGAUUUUUAAAUUGUCUUAAAGGAGGAAGGGCCACGGUAAAGGGUAGACGUGUAAUAAAUUGGAAUUUCAAAUAAACAUAUGUACUUGUGUUUAUAAAGAAGAGA